GAUGCCGCUCGGGCAAUGGAGGCGUUUGCCCGCGGCCACCACUCCGAUAGGGCGCAGGGUGGUGCUGGUCACCUCUGGGGGCACCAAGGUCCCGCUAGAAUCUCGCACCGUUCGCUUCCUGGAUAAUUUCAGCAGCGGCCGCCGGGGGGCAGCAUCAGCCGAGUAUUUCCUGCAAGCUGGUUACGCCGUCCUCUUUCUGCACAGACAUCGCUCCAUGUACCCGUACAGCCGGCGCUAUGCUGCCACCAACUGGCUGGAUGUCCUGCGGCUGCACCUGCCCAGCGCCCCGGGGGAUGACGCUCCCAGAGUGGAGGCUGAACAGAGCCAGCUGCCGGGCAUCGUGCAGAUCCUGCAGGACUAUAAGAGCACGAAGGAGUCCGGCAGGCUGCUGCCCAUAGAGUUCAAUACCCUGUCCGACUACCUGCACCUGCUGCUGGCCGCUGCCCAGGCCCUCAGCCCUCUAGGAUCCAGUGCUAUGUUCUACCUGGCUGCAGCAGUAUCAGACUUCUACAUCCCUGCCUCAGAGAUCCCCGAGCACAAGAUCCAGUCCUCUAGCGGCCCCUUACAGAUCACAAUGAAGAUGGUUCCCAAAAUGCUGUCUCCCUUGGUGAAGGACUGGGCCCCCAAAGCCUUUGUUAUUUCUUUUAAACUAGAGACCGAUACAGAAAUCCUAAUAGAGAAAGCGCGGAAAGCGCUGGAGACCUACCGCCAUCAGGUGGUGGUGGCAAACAUCCUGGACACGCGGAGAGCGUAUGUGGUGGUGGUGACCAGCAGAGAAGAGGCUACGCUCUCCGUAUCUGAUGAAGAAGACCGCUCAGGGGUGGAGAUAGAAGAAAAGAUCAUCAAGGAUCUGACCUUGCGCCACACGCAGUUUAUUGAAGGGACUGAAGUCAACUAGCUGCCCGUCCUGACACUCGGCCCUCAGUAUAAUUUAGGGUUGCGAGGCGUACUGUAUACAGGAAUUGGACUGUUCAUGUCUGGUCUUCUGGCACUAAUGAUGCUCAACUUGACAUCCAGUUGUUGGGUUCUACUUGUCCUUGCAAAUAAGGUGAGACCAGGCAGUGUGGCAGCAGGUACACUAACUUGGGGUGGUCCUUCUUCCCAUUCAUGAUUAUCCAGAAGUAGAGUGGACAGCAGCAUCUGUAAAAUUCAUCCAAAUUUGUUUAACCCAUAGUAAUAUACAGAGAAUCGGCUGUGUCCUGACCCUUUACCUUCUGGGUCAUAACAGGCAUCGAUCAACGACAUAACCAGGUAAUCGGUUCUCAGUUUAAAGGGCUUUAAGGGAUGAAUGAGACGGGUAGGAGAGGGACUGUACAACCGCCAAACGAUGUUUGAAUCCUGAGACAACAAAUAUGCAGUGGUAAGAAUAAUAAUAAUAAUACAUGGCGCCAUUAUAUCAUGUGAGCGUUGACUGUAUCCAUAGGGAAGCUUGUGCAGGUCCAUGGUUUACAUACAGCCAGAGAUAAACUACACAGUCACAUCACAUUAUUAUGACCAGCAGCUAAUAUCCAGAGUAACCCCCACAGGUAUGUGGAGCCAUGCUGACUGCAGUGCAUCCCCCAUCUGCAGACGGAUCCUUAGUGCGAACGUGACGAUCAAGGUGGUCCGACAGAUGCUCAAUUGGGUUCAAGUCUGGGAAUUAGAGGCACAAAGUAGUACUUGGAAGUCUUGGUCAUGCUCUUCCAAUGAAUGUUGGACAUUUCAAGCCGCGUGACUUCACAUUGCUGGUAGAGCCCAUCUGCUCCAGGGAAGAUAGUCAGUGUGUGAGGUUGUACGUGAUCUGCAAGGAUGGAUUCAUACCUAUAUCAGUUGAGAGUUCCACAUGGAUGAGUGGGCCCAGAGAAUGCCAAGAAAACCUUCCUCAGACCAUAACUCUGCCACCACCAGGUUGUGUUCUUCCAGCAAUGGUUGCAGGGUUUUUGUUCUCUGAUGUUUCUUACCAACGUUCAUCCGCAGAAAACUUCUUUCAUCAGUGAAGACAACCCUUUGCCAAUUGGUAAUGGUCCAAUUCCAAUACCACAGUGAAAAUGAAAGCCUGUCUGCUGAUGCAACUUUGUUAGCAGAGGUGCAGUGACCGUCCGUCUGCUUCAGAGCCCCAUACGCAGUAGGUUUCUCUGAACUGUUUUAGACACACGUCUGGUGGCCCCCUGGUCCAUUUUGGCUGUGAGCUGCUCCACUGUAGUGUCAGUCCGCCCUUGUGCACCUUCAUAACCUAAGUUCACCUCUCACAUCAAUGGCACGUGGUGCUCCGCAGUUUCCACAUCGCUUAUUAACAAUGGUGCCAUCUGUAUACAUGAUACACGUUCACCACAGCAGCACGAGAGCAGUUCACAAACUGCGCAGUCUCAGAAAGAAGUAAUACCGCCACUCUUGGCCCAAAAGCCAAUCAUCAUCCCUCUUUGCAACUCUGAUAAAUCGCCUAUUUUACCCAUGACAACAGCGAGAGAUAUGUGUGCAGACAGCCUAUCACACCCUAUAUACCCACUGAGCCAGCUCACCACCAGGACUUCCUUCACCAGCUACACACUGCCGACAUCAAAAGUGGUCGUAAUAACCUGAUUCAAUUGUGUAUACACCGUUUACAUUUUGUCUUCAGACGCUACUUUAUUGCUCAGUGGACAGGACUCAUCUCUUAAGAUGUUUUUUAUUAUUAGUUUAUGUGUAAUAAAGGCUAAUUUUAUCCUU